AUGUCACUAGAGGUCAUAUAUGUAGUCCGCCACGGGUUUAGGUCUGCCUGGAGCGUAGACCCCGUUACUGGUACCUACACUGCGCAUAUUCGGUCGCCGACAGGCUUGCCAACGGACCCGGCACUCACGUCUCAUGGCGUUGAGCAGGCUAACGAGCUAGCUGUGCAUUUGCUAGGCCUCAACCCGCCAAUAGACCAGGUUUAUUCCAGUCCUUACUACAGGUGCCUGCAAACGAUAUCGCCCUUUGUCUCACGGCACAACGACAGACGGGCCAAGGUCUCAGUGUCCGACGAUGAUAUACCUUCUUCACGUUUGAGCAUAAACGUGGACGCGGGGUUGGGCGAAUGGUAUGGACAAGCACACUUCGAGCACCCUACUUCCGCACCCCUGAGUGACUUGCAUGGCUUGUUUGCCGACAUUGAUCCGAAAUAUGUCUCUUCACCUGCACCUCGCCGUCGCGGGGAGUCGAUACCGCAACUAUACCAACGCGUGUCUUCCUGUAUAGAGCGUAUUAUUGCUCAAUGUGAUAGAGAGGGCAGGAGAUCAGUCUUGAUAUCUACCCAUGCUGCAGUUGUCAUUGUUCUCGGACGGCUACUCACCGGCAUGGUACCAGAUGAUACUACUGUAGAGGACUUUAGAGCCUUCACAUGCGGGCUAAGCACGUAUCGACGGCAAAUGGCUGGUCAGGAUGGCCGUAUUUCAUUGGAUUCUCGGGAACGUGGUAGAAAAAACAACGGAGGACCAUACCAGAGACCUGCCUUUGAUCUAUCCACCCGCUGGACAAGCGAGACAAAUUCGGACUGUAGCUUCCUUCGCCUUGGUGAAGAACGUGGAUGGACGUUCUCGGGAGAUGAAUCGUUUGUCGAAUUGGGUCAGGAAGACUCGCCAUCGUCUACAACAGAAUCACAGCCCAACACUGCUGUCAGGGAAAGCGGGGAUAGUUCCAGCCACACUAAUAUCUCCAAGCUCUGA